UCAGCUGAUUCGUGUAUUGUAAAUAUUUUUCAAUAGAUACAAUGGAUCAACCUGACGAUCAUUUUCGCUAUAUACACAGUUCCUCAUUGCACGAACGUGUACAAAUUAAAGUUGGCACGCUUGAGGGCAAGAAACGUCAACCAGACUAUGAAAAACUGCUCGAUGAUCCCAUAUUGCGGUUUUCGGGUCUCUACUCGGAGGAGUAUCCCUCGUUCCAGGUGCGACUACAGGUAUACAACGACGGACGGCCAUAUUGCCUCCCCGUGAACAGUGCCUACAAGGCAUUUGGUAAGCGUUGGAGCUGGAACGAAUGGGUAACAUUGCCUCUGCUAUUCUCCGACUUGCCACGCAGUGCUAUGCUGGUGCUGACCAUACUUGACUGCUCGGGUGCCGGUCAAACGACAGUCAUAGGCGGCACAGCAAUCUCCAUGUUCGGCAAGGAUGGCAUGUUCCGUCAGGGCAUGUAUGAUCUACGUGUCUGGCUGGGGGUUGAGGGCGAUGGCAGUUUUCCGAGCAAGACUCCUGGCAAGGGCAAGGAAUCGUCGAAAUCGCAGAUGCAACGACUGGGCAAGUUGGCCAAGAAGCAUCGCAAUGGUCAGGUGCAAAAGGUUGAUUGGUUGGAUCGUUUGACAUUCCGCGAAAUCGAGGUGAUAAACGAACGCGAGAAACGUAUGUCUGAUUACAUGUUUCUCAUGAUUGAGUUUCCUACCAUCAUGGUGGACGAUAUGUUCAGUUAUUCCGUUGUAUACUUUGAGCCAGAGGUGGACAACAAAUACAAAUUGCCAGCAAAGCCCAAAUUGGUUUUGGUGCCCGACUCGGAGAUUCAAAUGGACAAUCUGGUGGAGCGUAAACACCAUCGCCUGGCACGUUCGGAGCGUUCUGGCAUUUCGGAUCGUGAUGCCAAACCCACAGCUUUGAUACGCGAUCAGUUGCAUAACAUUGUGUAUCGCUGUCCGCCAACCUAUUCGCUGAACAGCGAUGAGCAAGAUCUGGUGUGGAAGUUCCGUUUCUAUCUGUCAUCGCAUAAAAAGGCACUCACCAAGUUUCUCAAGUGCAUCAAUUGGAAUCUAAACGAUGAGGUAACCCAAGCACUCUGGAUGCUGGCCAACUGGGCGCCCAUGGAUGUGGAGGAUGCGCUUGAGCUGCUCAGUCCAAGCUUCACACACGCCGAGGUGCGCAAAUAUGCCAUCAGUCGUUUGGCCCAAGCACCCGACGAGGAUCUCCUACUCUAUCUGCUGCAAUUGGUGCAGGCGCUGAAAUACGAGGACUUCCGCAACAUUGUUCAAUUGAACAAGCGCAUCAUACCCGAGCAGGAGCGCGAUGUGGUCUGUUCGCUCGAUGACAACGAUUCGCUGCUGGGUGAGAGCACCAUCUCGGAUCUGAGCGGCACCAGCAGUGCACUGCAUGCCAGUGUGAUACCCGCUAAUCAACGUGCUGCCAGCGCCAUAGCUGCCAUCAAGGGCGACCACAAACCCACCAUGGCCAGCAGUGUCAGUGCCCCAGCGAUUAGAUCGAGCACGCCAGGAUUGCGUUCAGAUCGCUUGGACAUGGCGGAUGCCAGUGCUGGCUCCUUGGCCUCGCAGUCGCAAUCGCAGACACCAAUGCUGGGCCAAGGAGUCGCGAACAAUUUGUGCACGUUCCUCAUACAGCGAGCCUGCAAGAAUGCGACGUUGGCCAACUAUUUGUAUUGGUAUCUGUCCAUUGAGGUGGAGGAUGGGGAGACGGUGCGCAAACAGGAUCAGCCGGCACAUGACAUGUACAAAAUGGUGCUCAACAUCUUCCUCAAGGUGCUGGAGAAUGGUAACUUUCAUUUGCGUGGCAUUUUCUAUAAUCUGCGCAAACAGCAGCGUUUUAUCGAUGAGCUGGUGAAGCUGGUUAAAAUGGUGGCCAAGGAGCCGGGCAAUCGCAACAAGAAGACCGAAAAAUUUCAAAAGCUGCUCUCUGAACAAGAUUCGUUCAAGGUGAAUUUUACCAACUUUGAACCGAUUCCAUUCCCCCUCGAUCCCGAGGUCUACAUCACCAAGAUUGUGCCCUCUCGCACAUCGCUCUUCAAGAGCGCUCUCAUGCCAGCCAAACUCACAUUUGUCACUUCGAUUGCUCAGCACGAAUAUGUGGCCAUUUUCAAGCAUGGCGAUGAUUUGCGUCAGGAUCAGCUCAUUCUGCAAAUGAUUACGCUGAUGGACAAGUUGCUGCGUCGCGAGAAUCUUGAUCUCAAGUUGACGCCAUACAAAGUGUUGGCCACCAGUUCGAAGCAUGGAUUUCUGCAGUACAUCGAUUCCUGCACUGUGGCCGAGGUCUUGGCUCGCGAAGGCAGCAUUUUGAACUUCUUUAGACGCCACAAUCCUUGCGAGGGCGGUCCUUAUGGCAUCUCCUCUGAGGUAAUGGACACCUACAUUAAAAGCUGUGCCGGUUACUGCGUUAUUACCUAUUUGCUGGGUGUGGGAGAUCGACACUUGGAUAAUCUGCUGCUGACCAGCAAUGGCAAACUGUUCCACAUUGAUUUCGGCUUCAUAUUGGGUCGCGAUCCCAAACCCAUGCCACCGCCUAUGAAACUGAGCAAGGAAAUGGUCGAGGCAAUGGGCGGAGUUAGUUCCGAUCAUCAUCACGAGUUCCGCAAGCAAUGCUAUACGGCGUAUUUGCAUUUGCGUCGUCAUGCCAAUGUCAUGCUCAAUUUGUUCUCCUUGAUGGUGGACGCCACAGUGCCCGAUAUUGCUCUGGAGCCGGACAAGGCGGUGAAGAAGGUGGAGGAGAAUCUGCAGCUGGGCCUUACCGAUGAGGAGGCCGUGCAGCAUUUGCAAAGCCUGCUGGACAUUUCCAUUACUGCUGUGAUGCCAGCGCUAGUCGAGCAGAUUCAUCGUUUCACACAAUACUGGCGAAAGUAGAUCCAUAAUUAUCACACCCCUUAAUUUAAUAUGUUUUAAAGUCGUAUCUAUGUUUUAUGUGCAGUCUGCGCCUACAUUGUAAUGUAUUAUAUA